AGUAAUGAUCAAAUUAUUUGAGAUUCACAUAAUUAGAAGAGACAGAGAUGAGAAUCUAUCUAGAAAUAUUCGGUUACCCGUUUCAGAUCUUGACCCGACUCUUCGAUAAACCCGAUCCGGUUUAUUUCGUGGUGGUUAACUGUCCACCUGCUCUUCUUUCUUCAUCCUUGUCACACAAAAUGUCACGUAAUUCUUCUUCUACUGAUUUCAGCUCAAUCGGUCAAAUUCGAGUUUGAGUUUAGAAAUUUGAGCUUUCCACCAAUCGAAAGUUGACUAAUCUGUCUCCGAUCGGUGAACUAUCUCGCAGUACCAGGAACCUUACUUUGGGAUUUGUGUGCCGUGGUUGAAUCUCCAAUGUGCCCUUGAAACCCUGAAAUUACUUUGGAUUUUGAAGCAGAGUAUGUGCACAUUGGAAACAAACAAUUGUAACUUGCUUGAUUUCUGCCGCGGUUCUUGCAUUGUAUGUUAGGGUUUUAAUGAGUUCGUAGAAGCUUCCAGAAAUGGCGUCCAUGAGCUCUGGUGAUGAAAGCCUUCGACUUUGCGCAUUUGAUUUGAGGAGGGGCCAAACUGAAGGACAAGAGUUAGACAAGAUUUUGUUCUUUUACCCUGCAGAAUUAGACUUAUCCACGCAGUUAUCAGUGAUCGGGCUCAGUGAAGGUCUUAUUACUUUUACUAGACUUUUCUCUCCGGAGGCAGCUUGUGAAGUAAUAGAAGCAGAAAGACAUUCCCAUGUUUUCUAUGAGGCUGAACCCGAUAUCUGGAUGGUUAUGGUUGUGGAGAAAAAUAAGGAGACAGGAGCAAUAUGGAGGAUUGAUGCAUUAAGGAGGGUGCUUAAAGAAGUGCACUCACUCUUUGUUAUGUUUCACGGGUCAAUUAGGGCAUUAAUCGAAAAAGAACCAACAGGAGGGCUUACCCGAUCACUGUUGUACCCGUUCAUCACUGAUUAUUUAAGCACAUUUCAAAAAUGGUCUCUCUCGGAAGACUGCUGCUGUGAUUUUUUUGUUGGGAAGAAACUUCAGCUACCAACUUUCCGUGAAACUUUGAGAGAGCGUGGAACUGUUCAAAUGCUUACUUUAGCAAGGGACAUCGCAGUUGAAGUUCAGUCUCUUGUUCAAGUACUAGAUUCAUGUGCUGGGAGCUUACGAUGUCACUCUAUGAUCUUAUUUCAAGAUCUGCUGGUUUCAACAACCCUCUCAGCUGAUGAUACCGUCGACUUAUUUACAUUUGCUGUAAUGAGGUUGACCUCAAAAGCUUUAUCCUCUGACGCAAGUUCUUGGUCAUAUCUACUUAAAGGGUCUGGUUCAUCUGAAAUCUCUUCUAGAUCUACUUUGGCACCCAUUGGCCCAAUUGAUUCCCUACACUCAAGAAACGGUAAUGACAUGCAUCAUGUUAUUAGGCCACUACAAAAUGAGAAGUGGACAAAAGGGAAAGAUGGGUUUUUAAUAACCGAUAUUUGGGGUCUAGAGACUGGCGGUUCACCUGAUUCUGCCAUCCCUACAAUCUGGCUUCAGCAGACACAAGAAAGAAUGUAUCUCCUUGCUUAUCAGCAUAAAAGUCUCACCUUACUUCUUCUCAUGCCUACAAAUGCCAUUGUCAAUGGUGAUUUAAGCGUCUCAGCCGUGAAACAGCAAGUUAUUGAAGAUGCAUCACUGAGAAUUUUGAAAAUCGAAGAGAAGAUUUCAAGAGGGUGGGGCGGUGAGAAUACUUACCAUAUUAAAGGUUACCGUUACUUAGUAGUUGAUAGUGACAUGGAAGUAUCCAGAGCUUCUCCUUCAGGAAAAGUAACAACACUUGCAAAGGAGUCUCUACUUGCACUAAACAAGCUUAGAGAAGAAGUGGAUUUAGAAAAAAGUCGUGCGAAAAGGCAGGAGAAAGACAUGGAAAUAUGCAUCAGAGCUAAGAACAAUGUGUGGGUGAUCGCCCGUGUGACCAGAGGCAAAGAGCUUUACAUGGCUUUGGAGAAAGGCAGCGACACUCUUCUUGAUACUACAGACGCUGUUGGAAGAUUCAGCAACAGGUAUUGCAGCGGAGCGUUCUUGAUGGACUAAGUUUUAGUGUUCUUUCUUCUGGUUUUGGGAAGAGGUUUCUUCUAGUUUCAAGUACAAAGUGAAAAGCUCAGAAGAUGUAAUGAGCACUUCUCUAUUAGCCAUUAAUUUUGUUGUGGGAAAUUGCAGAGAGGAAAACGAUUGUGUUCUUAGUUGGCCUGUAGAUAUGUAACAAUGAUUCCACGCUCUAUCAUGCAAACGAAAUCCUUUUUUUUUUGUGCGGAGGAAAGCAUCUUUCUCGUGGGUCUUAA